AUAAUGCGCGUCUUAAUGGAUCUGGAACUGCUUUGAAUUACCGAGCGUUCUUCUUUAUCUGCACGAAACAUCGCCUGCACAUCAACGUCAAACAUGUUUGGCUGUCCCAGAGAAGCCGUGCGCGUCAAAGUGAAGAAAUGCGAAACCAGACACCAGCCGGAAUAUCGGAAGUUCAGCGUGGAUCCGCAGAUAACAUCCAUCGAAGUGCUUCAAAGUAUACUCAUCAAAGCUUUCGAUAUCAAAGGAGAAUUCACUGUUUCUUACCGAGCAAUAGAUGACUAUGGGUCAGAAACGUAUCUAUUCUUGCUUUCUGACUGGGACUUGGACGCGGCGUUUAUUAGCGCCUCUGAACCGUAUCUAUACCUGCAAGUUAACCUGAAGCCGUUCGGAGAGACAGGCGACUGCGAAUGUUACUGGGAACAGAAUGCACAGGAAGUGUCGACUCGACAUGAAACCGGGUUUCCAUACAAGACACCCAAGUUGGGUCUCAUAAUGAAUAAGAUGGAAAGAACAUUAAACAUGGUUCAGCGUGCUUUGGGCAAUUUGAGCGAAGAUUCCUCGCAUCAGCAAAGCGCACAACCGCCACGACCGCCAUUGACGGACGCAGAGUUCCGACGAUUUUUGGACCCCAUUGGACAAGUAAUACAUCCUAAAGAGCUAAGAGCUGUCAUAUACUUUGGUGGAAUCGAGCCUAGCCUGCGCAAAGUGGUUUGGAAACACAUCUUGAACGUGUAUCCCGAAGGCAUGUCCGGUCGUGAGAGAAUGGAUUAUAUGAAGAAAAAGUCGCAAGAGUAUCAAAAUCUGCGAGAAAGAUGGAAAAUCUUGGUGCAAAAGGGACAGAACGUCGGGGAUCUGGCAUAUGUGACGAGCAUGGUGCGGAAAGACGUUCUAAGAACGGACAGACAUCACAAGUUUUACGGUGGUUCUGACGAUAAUCAGAAUACGGCCAGUCUUUUUAAUAUCUUAACCACGUAUGCCUUGAAUCAUCCGAGUGUCAGCUAUUGUCAAGGUAUGAGCGAUCUGGCUUCGCCUUUGUUGGUCACUAUGCGAGACGAGGCGCAAGCGUACAUAUGCUUGUGUGCUCUUAUGAGAAGGUUGAAAGAUAACUUUAUGCUCGAUGGAAUCGCAAUGACUACAAAAUUUGCUCAUUUAGCCGAAGGUUUACAACAUUACGACCCAGACUUUUACGCUUACUUAAAAUCCCAUCAAGCGGAUGAUCUAUUGUUCUGUUACCGAUGGCUUUUGUUGGAAAUGAAGCGUGAAUUUGCUUUGGACGACGCUCUGAGAAUGCUCGAGGUUUUGUGGGCUGCCUUGCCGGCGUCGCCGCCAAACGGAGAGUUAAAUUUGGCCGAAGUACCUUUUCCUCCACCUUCGCCGCCGCCGAGCCCAAACGUGAAACAUAUUCGUGAAAACGCGUACACGAAAGUUUGCGCCAUCAGGCGACAAAGUUCUUCCGCGAGUAUCGCUACUGCUGGCAAAAGAAAAACUCUAAACAUGGAGGACCCAUCUUUGCAAAACAGAGACUCUACAGAAACUAACGGUGACUCAAAAAGAUCGAGCUCUCCUUACGAGACGUUUUCUGAGCCAGAGAAUGAUUUAACAACAGCGAAAAACCGGAGAAACACAGAAUCUACGGAAAAGUGCCUAAGUACAGAUUCUCUGUCUGGUAGAUCGAAACGCGUAAACUUGUCGGAAUUGAGAGAAAGACUGUCGUUACCUAGCAGAGAUCAAACUAGAAAUAGCGAGAACGAUGGCGAGAAGAAAUGCGCUCGAGUAGUGAAAAAUUUGAACGAAUUUUUGAACUUUACGAGCCUGAAUCGUAGCAAAGUAACGCCAAGCGAUGCCGAGCCAGAGUUGAGGCGUGUUUCCAGCGAAAGUGGUGUAAUUAGAGUUCUGAGAGACGAGCCAAGUUCUCCGGACGAUCCAACGGAUUUCUUUCCAAUGACUACUUCAAUGACUAGAGAAUUAAGACUGGAACUUGAAUCGCUCGAUCGGCAAGUUUUCGGACCGUCGCCGCCAAGUGAUCAACAAUGCGAUUGCGUUCUUUCCAAAAGAGAGAGCGACUUGGUCGAUAGCGAAACAGAUACAGAGUUGGCAAGGUGUAGUCCAGCUGCCGAUGUGUUUGUAUGGGAGAAUCCCCUACACACGUUGCAGCAAAAGAACCACCCAGCUACUCCUGACGAGCAAGCGGAGCUCGAGUACGACGGCGAGAUAUUGGAAGACCAAAAUGGCGUUAAAUCUGUCACUCCGAUUAGAUUACUCAAACGUACUACAAGGUCCGAAUCUGCUUCGGAUAGCGAGGAGGCGGAGAGCUGGCACCAAAGUACAACGGUGCAAGAGAGUCCAAUAAAACAGUCGGUGCAAGAACACUGCGAAGAAGCUACGGAACUUACGAAUCUCAUUCCAGCGGGAACUUGCGAAGAUCAGUUGGGGGAAAGUUCUCUACCUCCGCCUCACGAAUUUGGCGGUGGUAAUCCGUUUCUCAUGUUCCUGUGCAUUACCCUGUUACUGCAGCACAGAGACUUUGUUAUCCGCAAUCAAAUGGAUUACAAUGAAAUGGCAAUGCAUUUCGAUAAAAUGGUUCGCCGACACAACGUCGUUCGAGUGCUCAAUCAAGCGAGGCAACUGUUCGCUGGUUAUCUCAGAAGGCAUUCUUCGUCGUCGUUAGCUGCAAAGUCAGAUUCUGUAAAUGUGUAACCUCGUAAUGCUUGAACGUUGUACUUACCGACAUCAUAUAUCACGCGGAAUAAUAACGAAAUGGACAAUUUUAAAAUAUAUCGUGCCGCUUGAGACAAAUCACAAAAAAAAAAAAAGAAACAAGUUCAAAAUAUGUUUUUUAAAUCUAGAAGGCGAACCAAAACAAUUCUGUAAAUGAAACAAAAUAUCAGAUGAAAUACGUAUCAGUGAUAAACUAGGCAAUAAGAAAUUUAAAUAAUCUCAAGGUGCUGCUUUAAUCAUGCGUAAAAAAUCAAGUAACAAUCCUCGUGUAUUCUUUUAAACGUUUUGAUCGAACGUUGUAUGUGUAUGUUCAAUUUGAAUCUUAUUUUCGCCGUUUGACGAAGAUAUAUUUCAAGAUACGAUGAUUUUUAUAUUGUUUAUUUGCAUUUAUCUACUCUUACUGCCUAUCGAUGAGUUACUUUUUUAUUAAUAAAAAUUUAUUUUCCUAGAAAAAGAUCAUUUUAGCUUGAAAGGGUGAACCUUCCUGGUAAUCACGUCUAAUUAAAUACAAUACGAAUACGCGUGUAAACGAAUACAAUUGUAAUUAUCAUUAAUUGCAGUGUGAUAGCAAUUGAAAAUAACUCGUAUUUCGCAUAGUUUACGAAACUAAACGGAAACAUGGUGGAACGUGUCUUUGAUGUUACAACGGAUUUUAAAACGUAAUUGUGACGAGAAUGGCACGACGAUUCAAUCUAUUUAACCUGCGAUUUAACCAUUCUCCGACACUAUGCACAAUACCAAUUGCACCGCAUUGACAAACCCUUUCACCGUAUCUCGAUUUAAAAUUAAGUGAUUGGCUGAACUUUGUAAAAUACCCAUUACCUGUUAAUUUAGUAGCUGUAUCUUACUUUGUUCUCAAACAAUAUGUUUGAGAAACGACAAUAAACUACAUUUAAUUUUACCGCUAA